CUGUGACUAACAGAUACUAUAUAAACCAAUGUCUUCUGGUUACUCUAAACUUGGAGUUGGUCUAUUUGGAAGGGUGCAGCUCAGGGAAGAUCUCUGGUGAGUUUUCUUGAUUUCAUCUGCAAAGACAAUCGCGUUGGCGAUGAUCAUGUUCCAAGGACAUGUAAAUUCAAAUUGUCAUGCAAUCGUGGUUUUUGUUUCCCCGCUGCAAAUCUCACCUCCAGAUAACAUGGAAGUGAAGUCGAAGAGAAGAGUGUUCAUCCGUCUUCCAAAGCAACACAUGGCUUCUUUGGCUUUAACUUAUGAACUGGACCAUGGGUUGAUAAUCAAAGAGCUGAACCCCUACAUAAAUGCAGGAUAUAUACAAGCUUACUUUAAAGAAUGGGGAGUCGUCACAGCAUGCAAGGUUAAGAAGAGCACCAAUCCCAAGGAUGAUAAAUCGGUGGCCUAUGUGAGGUUUUCCACAGAGGAUGAUGCUGACAAAGCAGAAUGGGCGAGUCCUCACUACAUUGGAGGCGAUGUGGAAGUAAAACGAGUCGUUAGUCCAAAGAUGGAGGAGACUUCAUAUGAGGAGGAAUCCUCCGUCAUUACUCGGCCUCGUCCACGGCGUUCAAUGGGCUUGGGCUACAUGCUGGAAGACGCUCAGUGGUUGGAUCAUGAGUUGAAGUAAACGAAUACUCUGCAACUUUGUCUUUGACAAGUUAGAUGAUCCUAAAUGAUCCUAAAAUCAGCGAUAUUCUGAAACUUUGAGGACUGAACACAUUUAGCCUAUUUGGCAACAUAAGAACACAUAUCGCCUGUUGUUUAUCUGUUGAGCCUUAA